CAAUGCUGGGUAGAACCCCUCAUAGCCCCUGGUUUGAAUGAGGCCAAAAUCGUGACUACGGUUUAGACUCUGAGUCGGUCCUCGGUCUCCACUACGCCGGCGUGGACCCUAGAAAGUCGACUUUAACCAAAACUUCACCGUCUGCCUUUCAAAGUCUUGGGUGUUGCGCUCGUGUACAAGACACCAAACAACUCACCUCGCCUCUCAUAAUGCUGCACUUGGCGUAGUAACGUCGACUAGCCUCUCUUCCCUUUCAGCAGAACCCCUCCCUCUUGAAACGGCGACCACGACUUCUGGGAAACGACCACCACGUGAAGCUCACGUUACAGUUAGUUGUGCGGGUCCCAAUUAUAGGAGUCGGUUGAGUACGAUACGAACAAGACCACCGCGGCAAGCCGCCACUUCAGGCUCUACGACAGCGGCAAGAUGGCAGCAAGUCAAAGAAAAGCCGUCGCCGAAUGCAUCUCCGAUGAUGCCCUCAUCCACCUCAAAUCAUACAAAUACUCCGCCGUCGACAAAUCGCCUGUCUCGAAUUACAUAUUACGGCACUGGUGGAACGCCUUCGUCGAGCUCCUUCCGCUAUGGCUUGCGCCGAACAUGGUGACCCUCAUUGGGUUCUUCUUCAUACUGGGGAAUAUAGGGUUGCUCGUGAUAUUCAUGCCAGACCUAGUGGGGCCUGGUCCUUCAUGGCUUUAUCUUAGUUUUGCCUUCGGUCUCUUCAUGUAUCAGACCAUGGACAACAUUGACGGCAAGCAAGCGCGGCGAACGGGAACCUCUAGCGGCCUUGGGGAACUCUUCGACCAUGGAAUCGACUCCCUGAAUUGUACACUCGCUAGUUUGCUGGAAACAGCUGCCAUGGCUCUGGGCACAUCGAAAUCCGGCGUCUUCACCGCACUAGUGCCCUGCCUUCCUAUGUUCUUCUCGACUUGGGAGACAUACCAUACACACACUCUCUAUCUUGGCUACUUCAACGGACCGACUGAAGGUCUACUCAUAGCAUGUGCCGUUAUGGCGCUCUCCGGAAUCUAUGGACCCGGAAUCUGGACCCAGCCCAUCGUUGACUUGGUAGGGUCCAAGAACCUUCUCGGAUAUGAUCAUCUGAUUGGCGAUCACUCGAUCCGAGACAUCUGGAUUUUGAUCAUUGUUGGCUCGCUCUUCAUUGGCCAUGUUCCUUUCUGCGUGCUCAACGUUGUGAAAGCUCGCAGAAAGAACAAUCUUCCUGUGCUGCCAGUCUUCCUCGAGUGGACGCCCAUGGCAGUAUACACUUUCUCUAUUGGGGCGUGGUUAUACUCGCCAUACACAACUUUGAGGGAGGAUAAUCAUUUAGUGCUAUUUUGCUUGACCAUGUCUUUCGUCUUCGGCCGCAUGACAACGAAGAUGAUCCUUGCCCAUCUCACCAGGCAGCCUUUUCCCUACUGGACAGUCAUGCUCGCACCACUUGUCGGAGGAGCUAUCCUGGCCAACCUGCCUCGGCUUGGGUUCGAGCCGAUAUCCGCCAAGAACGAACUUCUCUACCUCUACGGAUAUUUCAUCUUCUCGGCAGUCGUAUAUUUCCGUUGGGCAUACUUGGUGACUACGAGUAUCUGCAACUUCCUUGGUAUCAAUGCCCUGACAAUUCCAUACGAAAAGCAACAGGAGAACAAACGAAAACUCCAAGAGGCAAAAGCUGCGAAUGGGAAAGCCAAUGGAAAGAAAGAGCUAUAG